CUCAAAUUCUUACCCUCUUACCAAACGCACCCUUAUGGUGAAUUUGGUUAUUUUACACAAAGGAGAAUAAAGUGUGGAAUGAGUUAGAGAUUCCACGCUCCAAAAAUCCAACAAAACAAGGGAAUCACCUCUCACCCUCAUUCAACCAAAUGUCCCUUAAAUAUAUUUCAUAUCACCAACUCGCCCAUUAACCCCGGCCGGCGGCCCCCACUACAUUAUCUUCCACAGUUCCACUGCCUCCAAACCAUUUCUCUCUUGUUGCAUGUUUGCCACCAGUCACCGUCGUAUUAUAAAAUAAAGUUGGGAGUUGGGAGUUGGGACCGGCUCUUUCACUCUUAUGUGUGUAUAUAUAUGCAUAUACAUUCGGACAUCGGAAUUAUUCACGGAGUCGCAAUGGAAGCCAUAGUUCUGUAUCCAUCUCCAGGGAUGGGCCACCUGGGCUCCAUGGUGGAGCUGGGCAAGCUCAUACUCACUCACCACCCGUCCUUCACCAUCAAUAUACUUUUAACCACGGCUCCAUACUUCACUGGCUCUACUGCGGAGUAUAUCGCUGACAUCUCCGCCACUGCCCCUUCCAUCAUAUUCCACCACCUCCCAUCUAUCUCUUUACCUUUAGAACCCGCCUCCUACUCUUCGGCGGAAGCCCUCAUGUUCGAUCUUAUUCGGCUCAACAACCUUCAUGUCCAUAGUGCUCUUCAAUCAAUUUCUACCUCCUCCACCAUUCAUGCCUUCGUUAUUGACUUAUUCUGUGCUGCUGCUCUUGAUGUCGCAAUCAAACUUGAUGUCCCGAUUUACCAUUUCUUUACUUCAGGUGCAAGUUGUCUUGCUUUAUUUCUUUACCUUCCGGAAAUUGCCCGAAAUACUAUCAAAAGUUUCAAGGACCUCGAAACUACGGUGAGCCUUCCAUGCUUGCCGCCGAUUCCUCUGUCCCACAUGCCAGUGCCGAUACUGGAAAGAGGAACUGUGGAAUAUGUCGGGGUCAUUGAUUGCAUGGCUAAGUUGGCGAAAUCAGCAGGAAUCAUCGCUAACACGUUUGAAUCUCUUGAGCCAAAAGCUGUGAAAGCAUUGGCAGAUGGGGUUUGUGUCCCGGAUGGUCCAACACCGCCGGUUUUCUGCAUCGGACCACUCAUUGCCACAAACCGUCAAACAGGUGGUGAUCGUGAUGAUAAGGUCCCCGAAUGCUUAACUUGGCUUGACAAGCAACCGAGUGGAAGCGUUGUGUUUCUGUGCUUUGGUAGUACAGGUUUGCUUUCUAAGGAACAGCUGAGGGAAAUCGCUACUGGGUUAGAGAAAAGUAGCCAAAGAUUCUUGUGGAUUGUGCGCAAUCCACCUUCCGAGGAUAAGAGCCAGAGUUUCCUAGCUCGAUCAGACCCGGAUCUAAAGUUCUUGCUACCGGAUGGUUUCUUGGAUCGCACAAAGGACAGAGGACUAGUAGUCAAGCUGUGGGCACCGCAGGUAGCAGUGUUGAAUCAUGAUUCAAUUGGAGGGUUUGUGACUCAUUGUGGUUGGAACUCAGUACUCGAAUCGCUUUGCGCUGGCAAGCCAAUGGUGGCAUGGCCACUCUAUGCAGAGCAAAAGAUUAACAAGGCAUUGUUGGUGGAAGAGUUCAAGUUGUCUUUACCCAUCAACGAGUCAGAGAAUGGGAUUGUGAGAGCAGACGAGGUGGAGAAGCGAGUUAGAGAGCUAAUGGAAUCGGAGAAAGGUAAUUCAGUGAGGCAACGAAUUGUUGCAGAGAGAAAUGAAGCAAUGAAGGCGAUGGGAGAGGGCGGAACGUCCAGGGUAGCGUUGGCCAAGUUGGUCGAAUUAUCGAAAAAAGUAUGAGUUGAAGAACAGUGCGCUUACGUUUGUAGUGGUGUCAGGUAUGAAUUCGAAAUCAAAAUAUUCGCAUUUACGUGUGUGAACCUACGACCAUAAUAAAGUAGCCAAACAAAAUCAUAUCUGAGCUUUGACUAGUUCAACAUUUAUUGAUUAUAAUAUAUAUAUAAUAUAAGAUUUUGAAA